UUUGUAUCUGAUGCCGAGGCGGCGACACCGACGAGGCAUCCAUAUCGCCAAGGGUUGCUCUCCUGAUUGCUCCGCGGGCUGAUCUAACUUUUUGUGCAUAAUAUAGUAGCCCGAGCAAUUUUCUGUACAUACUUAUUUUCGACCUCCCUUCAGGAAUUGCUCCAAAAGUCUGCGCCCGCAUCCGGUGAAUGCUAUACUCGAAGCCGCGGCAAUGAUCCGAACCCUCAUAACGCUCGGCCUGUACGGGUUCGUCCAACAGGCAUUGAGCAAAGAUGUGUAUCUGGAUUGGAAUAUAACUUGGGUCACUGCAGCACCGGAUGGGUAUGCGAGGCCUGUGAUCGGCAUUAACGGGCAUUGGCCUUGUCCUCAGAUUGACGUCGAUGUUGGCGAUAACCUCAUCGUCGACGUGUACAACGGGCUGGGUAACGAGUCCACCGGAAUCCAUUGGCAUGGUCUGCAUCAGAACUACAAUGGUUACAUGGACGGUGUCCCAGGAGUCACCCAAUGCGAGCUCCACCCCAACCAGCGCAUGCGCUACAUUGUUCCGAUGAACCAAACCGGUACCUAUUGGUAUCACUCGCACGAGCCCGGUCAGUAUCCUGACGGGCUGCGCGGUCCCAUCAUUGUGCACGACAAUGUUCCUAAACCGUAUCACUAUGACGAGGAGAUGACUCUCACCUUAUCCGAUUGGUAUCAUGUACAGAUACCCGUCUUGCUCGAUCAAUUCAUAGUUCCAGGAGACCAUGCCCCCUACGGAGGUCUAGAGCCGCUACCUGAUGCGAUUUUGUUCAAUGACAUGCACAACACCAAGAUCAGCGUUAAGCCCGGCACGACUUACCUGAUCCACGUUGUCUGCAUGGGCAACUUUCCCGGGCAUGCGCUCGUCAUUGACGACCACGACAUGACCAUUGUUGGUAUGGAUGGCAUCGCAGUGGAGCCGCAUUUCCUUCAACCCCAGUAUCUGCGUGUGGCCGUUGGACAACGAGUCGACAUCCUUCUCACCACCAAAAAUGACACUAGCAAGAACUAUGCGAUCUGGGACGGUCUCGAUAUCGAUGAGAUGUUCGUUCAAGAGGGAAGAAGCCCCCCUCAAGGGUACAAUCCCAACGGCACCGCAUGGCUCAUGUACAACGAGGAUGCUCCUUUGCCUCCUGCGCCCAUCAUUCAUGUCAAUAAUGCAAGUCUGGACUUCCUCGACGAUGUGACCUUGAAACCGAUAGACAAUCUUCCUCUGAUCGACCCCAUACAACACCAAUUCAUCUUCGACGUCUACCCAACCACAGUAGAUGGAAAGCCAGCCUACAGCAUCAACAACAUGACAUACAACGCCCCCGACUCGCCCACGCUGUACACUGCCAUCUAUUCUGACCCCGAGGCCUGCUUGGACCCAGAACUCUAUGGAGAUGUGAACCCUUUCGUCGUAAAUUAUGGUGAUGUGGUGGAAAUCGUUCUCAACAACCACCAUGACAAUCUCCACCCGUGGCAUCUCCACGGUCACGAUUUCCAGGUGCUCCAGCGCACUUACCCGUACGGUGGCUUCUUCGAUGGCUACCGCAACGUUUCUGCCACUCCCAUGCGCCGAGAUACGCUCAUGGUGGAGCCCAUGGGACAUUUCGUAAUUAGAUUCCGUGCAAUGAAUCCUGGCAUCUGGAUGUUCCACUGCCACAUUGAGUGGCACGUCGAAAUCCGCCUCAUGGCGAUCAUUAUCGAAGCGCCGGACCAGCUGCAGAACAUGACCAUACCGGAUGAUCAUCUCAAGAUUUGCGGAAACACUCAACCCAGCAAUUGGGCCCCAUUGGCUCCUUCGCCAUAGACAGUCCGACCCGGCAUCAGAACGAUCCCAAGGGCCACGCACACGACAUAUAUACCUGUUGACAAUGCUGGCCUUCAAGCAACCGUACUCUGUCAAUGUGAGCCUCAAAAGAAUCUAAACACAUCUUCAAGCGACCCGCUGGCGACCGGGAGUCUUGACCUGUGUGACUGAGCCUUCCGAUGUUUGGAUAUGCUUUGGUGUCCAUGGCGACCAUAAUCAUUGAUAAGUAAUGUUACGAACAAUAGACGAAA